ACAUGGCAUGCUCAAGAUCCUCUGUGUCUGCAUUCGACUAUUUUGCGAGACUUCCUGAUGCAGAAAUCGGCUCAUGAUCUCAAUACACACAGUGCAAAUGGUCAUGCUGUUUGCUAGACGCAUCAUCAUCAUGCCUGCAACCUCGAUUUCGACCACGCCACACGAGGAUGGAAAUCAAGUGCAGGCGACCGUCGCUGGAAACACACCCAGCAUGACCACAUGGCGCCACGAUACGAACGCAUCCUUGCAUCGCUCUGGCCUUUCACUGAAUCGCAGACUCGCGAUCCUCGUGAUAGUACCACUUUGUCUGCUCUUCCUCUUUGCGAUCUUCGGCGUUGUGCUUUAUGCUUCGCGGAGACGACGGUCGAGCAGACACAGAAUUAGGAGCAGGCACGAAAGCGUCGCUGAACCAUACUGCGAUGACAAUAUUGAGCCUGAUGAAUCGCCAUCUGCUUCGCCGAAUCAGUAUCGAGAUUUCACAGCAGCCGGACUUGAGGAGCAUCACCAUACGCCCACGAAGCAAUCAGACGAUGCAUUAUCGAUGAUCACAGAAAUACCUACGAAUUCGGUCAGGACCUCAGUGGAGAGCGAUCGAGGAAGAAAUGUGCCUACGCUUCAUUCUCAACGCUUGCCCUCCUCGGUAAGCUCGCGUUCGCAGACACUAGAUGCGCUGGAGAGUGCCAGCGACGACGAUCUGCAUGGUAAUCUCAGCGGACUCGACGAGGACCCGUUCGUCGAUCGUGCGGCCCUUUCUGGAGCUGAUCACAAUCAAGAAGUUUCCGAGCCAGUGUCUCCGCUGUCACAGCCUUUGCACAGCAGACCGAGAGUUGAUACAGCAGCAAGCUCGGUAAGCAACACAUCUGCCUCGUCGGGCUCCUCGCAAGCCCCCGUCACUGCGAUCAACACUGGUGGAAAGAAGGGAUACAAUAUGGACAGCAAUGGACAGGAAGGAAAAAUUGCCCAGUCGGGAGAUUUGCUGUCUGCCGAGAAUGUAGGACGAAUGACUGCAACCGAUCCUCAAGAGCGUCUGGACGCUGCAGAGAGAGGAAGAUGCAGACUGCGUUCUGAUCCGAUCAAUACUGCCCGCAGCAGUAGUGUUAGCACGCGACAGUCGAGACUUCGAGCCGCGGACAUAGCGCGCUCGCCAGGAUCAAGGGGCGAAUGGAGCAAUAGCAGAAGUCCGCAGGCCGAAACAUCAGCCUCGAUAGACAACUUAACGGAAUCUUUUGAAGCGCGAGGCGACAGUCAUCCUCCACCGCCGCCACUACUGGAUCGGAAUUCGUGGCUGGGAGAACGAAGACGACAGGGUGGAGAAGUCCCAGAAACGACGUCGCCAUUGUCAUCGCCAGAUGACCCAAAGACGCACGAAGGAUCUUCAACCGACGGGAAACAAGUUCUGUGACUGCCUCAGAGACACAAAGUGACAUGCAAGUCUAUGCAAGUCCUGCACUCUGUUUGCGACCAGGCUCCUGUAGCCAUCGAAGCAAUUUGUACCUGAUCAUUGACGU